AUGCGGUUCUCUGCGUUUACCUUCCUCCUCACCCUGGGAGCCUUGACUGGUGUCCUUGCGACGCCUACCAAGGUCUCACAGGGACCCUCGCUCGUAGAGCGCGAUCUUGCCGCGGUCACCAGUGUUGUUGCUGCCAUCGCUGCCAAGGUUGACGCUCUGGAUGGUCAAAUCACCGCUUACACUGGUGGUGACACUGCCGCCAUCGAGUCUGCUUCCGCGGAUGUUGUCAGCACCAUCAACGCUGGCACGAGCACUGUUGAGACCCUACCCAAUCUCACCCAAACGGAGGGCCUGCUCCUGGUCAACCCUAUCUUGGCGCUGACCAACAAGGUUAAGAAGACUAUCAACGACCUUGUUGCGAAGAAGGAUCAGGUCGUUGCAGCCGGUGCCGGUCCCAAAACCCUCGCCCAACUGCGGGAGCAGUAUACGGCUUCGUCAAACCUGGCGGACGCCCUCACUUCCAAGGUGCCAGCAGCGCUCAAGGAUGUGGCUGCUGAAUUAUCCUCGGGAAUUACCAAGGCCAUUCAGACCGGUAUUGAUGCCUAUAAGGAUGCGGGAACUGUGACCACGACCUCGCCGACGACCAGCGCCACACCGACUGAUACCCCCACGACUCCUCCUGCUACUCCGACGGAUACCCCUACGACUCCUCCUGCUACUCCGACGGAUACUACCACGCCUCCUACCACUCCCACUGACACCACCACUGACUGCGAGACGACCACUACACCACCUGCUACUCCUACCGAUACCACUACCGAUUGUGAGACUACAACCACGCCUCCUGCCACUCCCACUGACACCACCACCGACUGCAAGACUACCACCACUCCCCCUGUUACUUCUACCGACACCACCACUGAUUGUGAGACUACUACCACGCCUCCUGCCACUCCCACUGACACCACCACCGACUGCGAGACGACUACUACUUCACCCGCCACCCCCACGGAUACCACCCCUCCCCCGUCUACACCUUCACCAACCGGGACUGGCACGGAGACUGCCACCGACUGUGAGACCACAACCAACGUUCCUCCGCCUCCGGCCACCGUGACCUCCACUGCCACUCACGGCGAGACUCUGACCUCCACGAACUCGGUGACCGUCACAGCGACUGGGACCUCUCCCGAGACACCCCCCGAGACCGCUACCGAGACCGCGCCUUGCCAUGAGUGCGAGUCUCCGACUGGCUCCUCUCCAGUCACUCAGCCAACCGGUGGCAGCACCGUCACUGUCCCCGAGGGUCCUGGCGAAAGCGGCCCAACCACCUUGGCCACAAUCCCUAACCCCUCCCCAUCUGCCCCUGCCCCAGAGCCUACUGGCUCCAACCCCAGUUCGGGUUCCUCUCAGCCUAGCCCCUCCGGCCCUAACUCCUCUGGCAACGAGACCGCUCCCUCCACUCCCCUUGCCACUGGCGCCGCCAGCCUCAACAAGGCUGGCUCUACUCUCGGCAAGGCUAUGGCCAUCGGUGCAGUUGCCCUCCUGCUGUAA